UUUUACCUUUACUACUACACAGAUUGACAGGUACUGAUUACUCAAUACUAAUGAUUAAUAACAACCAUAAUGAUGUUAAUCUUCAUGGCCGAUGCCCCACAAGGUGGAUGAGGUAUUUACAGAUGUGUGACGGGUGAGCGGGGGAGAAUCGGCUAAUUCCCUGUCCAAGGGAGAUGUUAUGUGUAAGGAUUGUUUUUACCAUGCGUUUGAGGAGGAAAUUCACCACACCAUCGUGACAGGUAACCUGUUCACUCGAGGAGAGGUCGUGGCCGUGGGUGCGUCUGGUGGCAAAGACUCGACAGUGCUGGCCUAUGUGAUGAAGCUACUGAAUGAGAGGCAUGACUACGGAAUAAAGCUGGUGUUGCUGUCUGUGGAUGAGGGCAUCACGGGAUACAGGGACGAUUCCCUCGAGACCGUCAAAAGAAACCAGCAACAGUAUGACCUCCCUUUAAAAAUAGUCUCUUAUGAGGAAUUAUAUGGGUGGAGUAUGGAUGCCAUUGUAAAACAAGUUGGAUUGAAAAACAACUGUACUUUCUGUGGUGUUUUUAGACGCCAGGCCUUGGACCGAGGGGCCAUGCUGCUCAAAGUGGACAAGAUUAUCACAGGACACAAUGCUGAUGACAUAGCAGAAACAGUCAUUAUGAAUGUGUUAAGGGGUGACAUAGCACGACUGAGAAGAUGUACAGCCAUAACUACAGGUACGGACGGAGCCUUGCCCAGAUGUAAACCAUUCAAAUACACAUAUGAGAAGGAAAUUGUCAUGUAUGCAUAUUUUAAGAAGUUGGAUUAUUUUUCAACAGAAUGUAUAUACUCUCCAAAUGCUUAUAGAGGCCAUGCCAGGACCUAUAUAAAAGAUCUUGAGGCUAUAAGACCCAGUGCUAUAAUAGACAUUAUUCAUUCGGGGGAAAGCCUGUCUUUCAAGAAAGAGGUGAAGAUGCCUGUCCAAGGCACAUGUAAAAGCUGUGGCUACAUUUCCAGUAAUCCUGUCUGUAAGGCCUGUGUGUUACUUGAGGGACUGAACAAAGGUUUGCCCAGGUUGGGUAUUGGAAAACCAAGUCGAGAGAGGAGGAAGCUAGCAAAGAUGGAAGAAGAGGCAACAAUAAAUGGUUCAGCUAAUGAGAGCACAGUACUGAAGUCAUGUAAUAAAUCACAUGGUUCAUGUGACUGUAAGAAGACAAACAAACCUUUAGACAGGAGAAAGCCAAAUGCAGAAGACUUCGAAUUUUAGAUAAAUGAAAUAGCAUGUCUUUACAAGCGAAUACAUUUUACUAAAAUAUAAAUUUUUACCACUGAACAUGUACCAUUAUUCGCCUGAAUUUUAAAAUUAAAAUAGCCCAUAACCACAAGUUGGUUUUUCCGUGGUUAUUUCCAAAAGGAGGUUUAUUAUAAAUGUGUGAUGAUUAGAAUAUGAACAAGUCCACAGGGCCAGUUUGACUUGAUUUUGUCAAGUUUAUCGCUUGAAAUUAUCAUCACCUAUUCAGUUCUGAUAUUCAGAUAAAUCCAUUCAAAUUUCAACUUCUGCAUCCAUAAACUAAGCAUUUUACUGAAGUUCUUUUGACCUGAAUAAACUUGACUUUGUGG